AAACUUGAAUGAAAAUUUAUCACUUUAUUCAUAAAAAUGAAGAAUGAUUACAUAAUGCCUUUUUAUACAUAUUGUAGUAACUGAAUUUGUACAACUGAAGAAAAAAAUUUAUAACUAAGAAAUUCUGCUGUAACUAAUAUAUAACUGCUGCGUGCUGGUAAGCAGUUGUAUAACAGACUGAAGACCAAGACUGCUGAUAAGCUGCUGUGUUGCUGUGGAACUGGGUAACUGAAAACUGCUAAUAUCUUCUUCUUCACACUGUUUUCCAUAAAGCUCCGGUCGACCCUGCUGCUCAAAAGCUCGGUCUCGAGUUCAUGGGAUUCCAAGCUCCCAAAAGCGCCGCCAAUUUCGCCAUCUCUUCUUCUUUCAGUCUGAUGGGCGUCUCCGGCAACGGCUAUCAAUGAAAUUUCCACGUUUUUCACGCCUUCGGUUGAUAUUUUUCUUCAUAAUUUUGUUGGGUGUUGAAGUAGUUCUUGUCAGGGGUCAAUGUCUGGAGGAUCAGAGGCAGUUGUUGCUGCAGUUGAAGGGAGCCCUGGUGUUCAAUUCUUCUGUUUCAACCAAGCUGGUGAGGUGGGAUCAAAGCUCCAAUUGUUCCAGUUGGGGUGGAGUGAUUUGGAAAGCUGGUCGCGUUAUCGCUCUUGACCUCAGUGGCGAAUCGAUCUCCAGGGGAAUUGAGAAUUCCAGUCUUUUCAGUUUGAAGCAUCUCCAGAGACUGAGUUUAGCCGGCAACGCGCUCAAUAGUACUGGUAUUCCUCCUGGUUUUGAGAAUCUAACUCGUUUGAGUUAUCUGAAUCUGUCCAAUGCAGGCUUUGCAGGGCAAAUUCCAAUUGGGAUUUCAUGGAUGGAAUCGUUGGUUACUCUUGAUCUCUCGGCAGCUUCCUUCACGAAUGGUCCUUCACUGAAACUUGAGAAUCCAAAUGUGGAAAGGGUUGUUCGGAAUCUCACCAAGCUCACAGCACUCUAUCUCGAUGGCGUGAACAUAUCAGCCACAGGACAGGAUUGGUGCUACGCCAUUUCCUCUCAUCUGCCUAAUUUGCAAGUGCUUAGCAUGUCCAAUUGUUACAUUUCAGGCCCCAUUGAGCCUUCUCUUCUGAAGCUACGUUAUCUGUCAGUGAUCCACCUUCAGCAGAACACUCUGUCCACUUCAGUUCCAGCAUUCUUUGCGAAUUAUACUAAUUUGACUUCACUGCGUCUCAGUAGAUGUAACUUGUCUGGAACAUUUCCACCAAAGAUCUUCCAGGUGCCAACAUUGCAGAUACUGGAUUUAUCAGAUAAUGAACUGCUUAAUGGUUACUUGCCCGAUUUACCUCAAAAUGGAUCCCUUCGUGCCCUAGUGCUUAGUUUUACUAAUUUUUCAGGGACCUUACCCUAUUCUAUUGGUGAACUCAAAUCGUUGACCAGGAUAGAGCUUUCAAAUUGCAAUUUCAGUGGAAAAAUCCCAAAUUCGGUGCAAGAACUUUCCCAACUCGUUUAUGCAGAUUUCUCAUCAAACAAGUUUAAUGGUUCAAUCCCGUUUUUUCAUAUGUCCAAGAACCUCAACCAUAUUGACCUUUCAAACAAUGAUUUAACGGGUUCAAUUGCUUCCACUCACUGGGAAGUCCUUCAGAAUCUUGCAUAUGUUAACUUGGCGGAAAAUUCACUACAUGGAAGCAUCCCAUCAUCUCUGCUCAGACUCUCAUCACUGCAGAAAAUUCUGCUUUCGAACAACCAAUUCGAUGGUGAACUUGUUGAUUUUUCAGGUGCAAUCUCAUUGGUGUUGGAUACCCUUGAUCUCAGUGGCAACAAGUUACUUGGGCCUAUCCCCGCGUCUGUGUUUGAACUCAAAAAGCUCAACAUCCUCAAGCUUUCUUCCAACAACUUCACUGGCAGCAUACACAUAGAUGAAAUUGGUGGGCUUGGAAAUCUUGCGACCCUCGACCUUUCAUACAAUUCCUUGUCCAUCAAUGUAAGCAAUAGUCAUUCUGCUCUUUCUCCAUUUCCCCAGAUUACCUUGUUAAAAUUGGCUUCUUGCAAUCUGGCAGCCUUUCCGGAUCUAAGGAAUCAAUCCAGAUUGGUCCACUUAGACCUUUCAGACAAUCAAAUCAGGGGCAUAAUACCUGGAUGGAUUUGGAAAAUUGGUAAAGGAAGUUUGUAUCAUUUAAAUCUUUCUUGUAAUCUCCUAGUGGAGCUGCAAGAACCUUAUCAUAUGCCCGACCUUAUCGCUAUCCUUGAUUUGCACAACAACUGCCUCCGUGGACAAAUCCCGACACUACCACAAUUUGCAAGCUACGUAGAUUACUCAAGCAACCAAUUCAACUCUUCGAUCCCAAAUGACAUUGGCAAUAACCUAACCUUGGUUUUUUUCUUUUCUCUUUCAAGCAAUAACCUGACCGGAACUAUCCCUCCAUCAGUGUGCAAUGCAACUUCUCUUAAAGUUCUAGACUUGUCCAACAAUUCUUUAAGUGGGGCAAUUCCACUGUGUUUGAUUGAACUGAGUGCGAAUCUUGGAGUACUGAAUCUAAGAAGAAACAAACUUUGGGGGACUAUUCCAGAAAAUUUUCAGGCCAACUGCCAGCUACAAACGCUUGAUCUCAAUGGGAAUCUUCUACAAGGGCAGCUUCCUAAAUCUCUGGCCAAUUGCACAACAUUAGAGGUUCUAAACCUUGGAAACAACAAGAUCAAGGAUGCCUUUCCAUGUUGGUUGAAGAACGUGUCGAGUUUGCGUGUCCUUAUUUUGCGAGCAAACAAUUUUUAUGGAAAUAUAAGAUGUAGAGGGAGCCAUAACAGCUGGCCAAAACUUCAAAUAAUUGACUUGGCCUCCAACAACUUUAGUGGUGCUUUGUUUCCCAAAUGGUUCUUAAGUUGGAAGGCAAUGAUUUUUUAUAAGGACGAAGUGCAAUCAGAGUUGAAUCACCUGCGUUUUGAAAUUCUGGAACUUAAUAAAUUGUACUACCAGGAUGCAGUGUCUGUUACGGUCAAAGGAUUAGAGAUGGAGUUGGUAAAGAUUCUAACUGUCUUCACCUCCAUAGAUCUCUCAAACAAUAGUUUCCAAGGGCCAAUACCAGAAACUAUAGGUAACCUUACAUCCCUUUAUGUUCUGAACUUAUCACACAAUGCUCUGACAGAGGAAAUCCCAGCAUCUCUGGGGAACUUGAAACAGCUCGAGUCAUUGGACCUCUCACAGAACAGGCUGACAGGGGAGAUACCAAUACAACUUGCCAGUCUUACGUUCCUUUCUUUCUUGAACCUGUCAUAUAAUCGACUGAUGGGAGCCAUCCCAAGAAGCACCCAAAUUCAGACAUUCUCAAGAACUUCCUUUGUAGGAAACGCAGGAUUAUGUGGGCCUCCUUUGAGUACAGGUUGUCCAGAUUCCACAGGGCUACCACCAGUGCCAUCACCAUUUGGAAGCAAGAAUGCUGAAUCUGGAAAUGAGAUUGACUGGAAUAUCAUUAGUGUUGAACUGGGAUACAUAGUGGGCAUAGGAAGUUUGAUUGGGCCAGUUAUGUUUUGGAAGAGAUGGAGGAAAUGGUACUUCAAACACCUCAAUGGGGUUGUUUAUUGUAUUCUAUGUUGGGAAGGAGGAAGAGGCAACCGUUGACUGAGCCAAUCAAGCUUGGCUGUAGAGAUGAUCAGAUUACAACAACAGUUGCAUGCUGAGAAAAUAUACGGCAUGUUCUCUCGCAAAAAAGUUUAGUGUUAUUCUACUUGUUUGUACAAUAUCUAUUCCAUUGUUGGCUCUCCUAGGUAUUAGUCUUCAGUUUGCAGGUAAGUUGUUUUUGUUUGUGUUUGAUUGUUUUGAAUUCAUUUGGGUAUGUUUAGUUUGUUUUAAUUGGUUAAUGAUACAAGUUUGGAUAGGUUUGUUU